UUCAUUAUUUCGCAGUUGACAAGAAGUCGCUGAAGAUGCAACAAAGCAACUCGUAUACCUAGUAAAGAAAUCAGAAUAACUAAUACGAAAUUAGUGAAAAACAUUCAAUAAAUAGUUUUUCUAAAAAUUUAUUAAAUUUCAAAUAGUUGUACAGCAACAAAACUACUUGCUUAAUACUUUCGAGAUUCCCCUCCCCCCAAAAAGUAAAGGCAAACUGCAAGCACUUGCAAGUCAUCGAAUCAAUCGAGACUGGUUUGCUUUUUGGGGGCUAACUACUCGCUGCGUUUGUGCAUAAGUGAAGGCGGUGCCGGAGCAAGAGGCGGAAAAAACGCGCUGACACAACUACAACUGCAUGUAGUAUUGGAGAAUCGAAGCAGAAAAUCAGCGAAACGCUGUGGCGAGCGCCAAAAAUAUAACGCAAGUCACAAGAACAACCAGGCGAAAUAAAUAUUUCAUAAAGAAACGUGAAAUAAAAAAAGAAAAAGUAGAAUGAGCUGAGAAAUCGAACGUUAAACUGAAAAUGUGCGAAUUAUUUAAAAAUGAUUUCCGAAAAUAAAUUAGACGCGUGACAAAAACGAAACCACAAAUAAAAGCAUAAUUGAGGAAUAAAAUAAUUUUGUUGAAAAGAGAACUGUAUAAUCAAAAACAAAAAAUCGCAUGAAAAAAAUAUUUUAAAACUAUUAUUUUUCCUAAUAAGUUAGACAAACCUAAAAAAAUUAAAUUGUAAUUAUUCAACUGCGAAAAACUACGAACAAAACGAAUACGAGCUACGAACAUACACACGAAUAUACCUACACUCUACGACGACAUCAUCGUAUCAAAACACACAACGUUUUUGGGCCAAACGCCAACAAUAGCAAACACCGUUGUUCUACAAAUAAGCGGGCGCGUCGCGCAGGCAAUCAGGCCGUCAGUCAGUCAGCCAGCGAGUCAGUCAGUUGUUGAAGCGAUUAGAAAACCUGCAAUAAAAUCGAAAUCAGCUGAAAAUUUUCAGUCACAACACACCCAAACGCCCAUAUUUCCACGCUCACAAGCACACACAACUUGACAACAAAAAAAAAAAUUGCAGCUGACUUCGGCGCGGACAACAACAACGACGACAUAACGAUGAUGUACGAAUAAAUUAUCAAAAGCACCUUAUAUAAGUGUGGAAUAAUUCCGAAGCGAAUUCAGUUCCAUAACACUCAAAUGAAAGCCAAAAUGGAUUACUAAAUGCAGUUGAAGUCAAUCAACAGCAACAGGAGCAGCAGCAACAGCAGCAGCAGUCCACAGCAUUGCAUUGCGCAAUAGUCACGUCCACAUAACAUACAGACACACAUACACACACAUACGCAGAACGACGACGACGAGCACCCUAUAACCCCUCCAAAUCGGCCAACGAGUUAAGAUCAGCAGAUACCAUAACUUAAGUUGCAAAAAACCAACUUCUAAAAUAAAAACUCCCAAUAGACCUAAACCUAAUUUCCAUUUAAAAACAAAAUACAUACAUACCAACACGACUGCAAGAAGUCAUCGAGAACAACAUAACUAAAAAUAAUAAUAAAAAUAAAUUCGUAAAUUAAAGAACAUUAUUUGGCCUAAACUGCAUAAGUAGAAGAAAUUCAACUUAAGAAAAUCAGUAAUUCUGAACAGAGUUACAUAAGUUGCAUACAAUUGUUUAAACAAAAAACGAUCACACUGUGAAUAGCAGCAGCAACUGCUGCCGAAGACAACAACCGAGAGCAGUGAAAAUUGACCUAAACAUCACAUUAACAACAACAAUCGUCGAUAAGCCAAUGUUACAAUAAUGCAAUGCCUAAUUAUCAAGUAGCAAAUGCAAGCAAAUUAAAAACGUAACAACAACGGUCCCGCCCCCGUAUCAUCAAGAAGGAGGAGCGCCCGUAGAUAAACACAAAUUCAAUAUGAUUUGAAUAUAAUUUGAAAGAGGUUGAACUCAAAAACCAACACAACUAUCAAUUUUUUGUUCACAUUUCGCUACAAGCAUUUUAACAAGUUUUGUCAACACUAAUUUUUGGUCCAAUUACAAAUCCUAUUCGGCAAAGACACAUCGUAAAAAUAUAAAUGCACUUGAUAAAAAAAUAUCAACCGAAAAAGUAAACAAGUAAAAUAUUAAUCAAUACUAAAAAGAAGGCGCGUUUUGUUAGUAGAACAAAAAAUAUUGUUCGCAUCAGCAGUAAAGGAAUUUAUGAAUGAACACCAUUUCAAACCAAAGAAUUUAAAGCAAAACAAAAACUCCCGUAGAAGUAGAUUAAUAACAAAUCCAAGUAAAUAAAUAAAUAAUCUACGGAGCGCAAGAACAGUUUAUCCUUCCGCAACCUACAUACAUAUAUACAUGCAUAUGUAUAUUAUAGUAUAUGUUUAAUGUACAUAUGUCUAGAGAAAAGUCGCCUAAAUAUGUUUGUUGCAACACUUUCUGAGUCCAUGGCAUUGUCGCAAAAAAUGCAGCAACAAGAAAAGCUAAAUUUCAAAAUCAUGUUGUACGCACCCUUGCACAUUGCUAUCGCUGAAUCGAAUGUUGCCACGAAAAAUGCUUAGAUUCUACAAAGUAAAUUGCGUUCAUUACAACAACCAUAACGACAACUACCGACGAUUACAGCGUAUCAUUGAGCAAACGACUGGCUUAGAGAGGAACAACCACUGGCAGAAGAAGAAUAACCACAGCAGCAGCGGUAGCAGUGAUAGGGGCAACGCCGCACGGCUACGGCAACACCAACAGCUCAAAUGCAGGUUGUCGUCGUCGCCUUGUGGUGGCCAGUGAUUGUUGCUUUAGUAGCCGCCAUUGUUCGUAAAUUAUCAGCGCUUGGCUAUGCAAAAGAGCUGUCUUAAUUUCUAUGAAAUCGACAGUACAAAAAAAAGUGUCAUCGAUUUACGAAACCGCUACAACAACGACAGCAGCAAGUGAUAUAUAACUACUAUAAUUGCAACUAUUGCGGCGACAGCAUCAACGCCAACAGUAACAAUAACGUUCGUUCGUUUUAUCACUGAUCCACCUGCAUGUCAUGCGGUUGCUUUGAUCAGUUCCUCUUGGAUUACUAAGUGAAAAGUAAUAGGUAUGAAGUAUCCACAACUUGUAUCGACGCGCGCGGUGAACGCCAUAUCCGAUUGGUUAGUAUCCCGCUUGGAGCAGUUAGGCGUUGAGGCACCACAGAUCUAUACUAGACUUCUCCUAUCUCUCUUACAAUCGACUAUUCAACUAAACGAUCCAAUUGAGUUCAGCAAUUUAGAAUCAUUUUUUGCUAGUCGAAAAGGUGGAAAUAGACGUUACCUUGACACCGACGCCCUCAAGAAAUUCAAUGCUGUGCAGUGUCUAAAGGAUAUUGUUUCCUCGGAACAAGAGAUCGCAACUAUUGAAAAUCUCGUCGAUGAGCUGUGUGAAAAAUUAAAGGACAUCGAAAAACAAACUGGCGAUAGUGAAGAUGAGGAUAAGCAAUUAGUAGCAACUCUUUCACUAGCACAGCAACAGCACCACAAUUCAUCGCAUCAGCACCAUCAUCACCACGGUCACACGCAUUUGCACAAGUCGCAUCACAACAAUCAAACGAAAGAGGUUCCAACACACAGCAAAAGUUGCAGUGCCAGUAGUCGAAGUGAUAGCAGCAAAAACACGCAAGCAGCAGUUUCAACAGCCGCAGCAUCAGCCAAUAACCAGAGCAACAACAACAAUACAGAAAACUUGGACGAUAGUGAAUUAGACCCGCGCGAUCUUUAUUUUCGCGCAUUUCCAGCGCUAUCAAAAGAAAUGGAGGACUCUUUCGUAACUUGGCGCCGCAAUGCCAAGUGGUUGACGUGGCCUGUAGACCAACGUAACCAGGAUCAAUCGAUUUCGACUAGUAGUUCUAGUUCGACAAUCUCAAGCAAUUCCGCUGUAGAUGCGGCCACUAAAGAUGCUGCUACAAGCUCUGUAAAUAAGGUAAACGCUAAAGAUAAGAGAAUGGAUGAUGCCUUGGAAAAUGCAUCGAAAGUGCCAAGGCAAGAGUUUUGCAAUGAUUUUGCUGAUGUCAAUGAUAGUGAGACUAAUUCAUCUGCUUUUGCGUCUGUUAAUGCUGCUACUGGCGGCAUCAAACGUAAAUCUAAACGUCGCCGCAGUCGAGCUUUGUUAAAAGGAAAAACCAUUCAACAAAGUUCGCGUAAAAAAACUAGUGCCGGCAUGGCUUGUGGUUCUUCUUCAGCAUUAAUGCAUAAUCACGCCGAUGAUAAUCCUUCGGCUGCAGGCGCCAGUGGUAAAAGUAAACGUAGUGCUUCGCCAGCUUAUUGGGAUACCGAUUUCGAGGGCUGUUGGGAGAUGGGACGAGAUCUGAUCAAAGAGUUUAUUACGCGUCAGAAUAGGAACUCUCGCAAUCGUAGCACUUCAGAAAGUGCUGUUGCAUAUAAAAAGAAGAGCACCACUGAAGAAAGGGCUGCAUUGAGGAAUGCCACUAUUGAUUACAGUAGCGCUAAUGAAAAGGCUUUGACCGAUGGCAAUCGUCUACAAAAUAAAAAUCACGCAACCGGGCAAAGCAGCGACAUUGAGUGUGACAAAACUCGGACAACUAAAGUCGUUACACCUAUAUUACCGCCAGUGGAUAUUUCCUUCUGCGACUAUGAUGACUACGAUGACACACUCGCGUCAGUGUCGGAGCUAACUCACGAUGGGCCCUUGGUAAGUUUAGCCACUGCUGAUGGAGCUGCCGAUCUGGCAACUGUCAACGCUAAACGUUUGUAUGAACGGGAAUUGAUACCAACGGAUGCCAAAUCUGAUGAACAAUUGGACUUUGCACAAUUUGAAGCGAAAUUUAAUAGCAGCGUUGAAGCUUUGUGGAAGGAUGCUGGUAGUGAUGAGGAGAAGGGAUUCAAACCAAUUGGCAAUGGUAAUAAAAUGCAAGUAUUCGGCUUUGGCAGUGGCAGCAGCACACAUUUUUCCGGUCCCGCUUCGCUGCCAUUCGAUGUGCCAUUUUCACAAAAUGUAAAAAAUUUCUGGGCAAACUAUUAUAAUCAUCAUUUUGAUUUGAGUAAAAUGUUGCCGACUAGCGUAAUUGGCCAGAAAGCAAAGGAACUGGAUGUAGUGAUGCAACGGAGAGCUAAUGAUAUUGGCAGAGGCGAUGCUUUCAAGCCUAAUGGUGGCUUUUUAAGUGAUGAUGCUCCUCAAAAGCCUAACAAUUUCUCUAGAGCCCCAGCUGACGUAACCAUAGCAGCGCCUACUACCACUAGCGACUAUUACUCGAUGCCCAGCAAUUUGGACAACUUGAACAAUGCGAAAUUACUGCGUUGCGGUUUGCGCCACAACAGCGGCUGUAGUGACUGUAGCAUCGGUGCGGGUAUGGGCAGAGGCGGUACAAUUGGAGAAGAGCGGAAAACACCGGUGGCGCUCUUCUUACAGAGUUCGAUUUGGUCGGAAAAUGCUAAUCGGGAUGGCGGUGACACAGAUGAGAGUUUCUACUUUAAAGUGCACAACUCGGGCAAGCAGUUAAAUCAAUAUAACGCCCCUGGUAAUAACAGUAUGCGGGAACAGAAAAUGCAAGGCGGUACUAAUACUGGUGGCAGCUUUGGUUUUACGGCUACGUAUACAUCGUCUAAAUGGUCAGAGGGCAUAAAUGCCGGACCGCCACAAAAUAAUUUGAUAAUGGCGCCAUCACAGCAGAUGACACAUAAGCAGGGCACAAAUCUGAAGGAAAAUUUUAAUAUAUCUCUUAGAGGUACCGAUUGUACUGACUCCUCGCCCACUGCCUCAUUUUCCACCACUUCAGGCACUAAUUGGCAACAGACAAAAACCAAUGCAAACACUGAUUUGGAAAAUACAUGGCCACCUGGUAUAUCACCCAACGUUGAAAAAAUACGCGAGACAAAUACAUCACAUCGUGCCCCGACACGUGACGCCAUCAUCGAGAACACGCCGACAGUAACACUUGCGAAUCAUUCGUCUGCAAACAGUGGCUUUAUUGAAUAUUCACGCAUCAAAUCAGUCCCACAGCUCCAAUUGUCCACCCAAGACAAUGCAUCAAGCGCCAACUUAGCUAAAGAGCAACUUCCGCGAAAUUAUCCGCCCCGUGCCAAUAGCAAAGAACAACAACAGCAACGUUGUGCGCUCGAUAUGAUAGAUGAUAGCGAAAACCUAUUGACUUCCGAGCGCACACAUUUCCAUCCGAUUAGAUCGUACGUAGAUGGUCAUACCUUCGAUAUUUGCAGCGAACUAGAUGUCAUAGAGUAUGAACGUUCGGCCAGCGGCUAUCUUUACCUCGAGCAAGAUAAAUAUCUCGAGUAUACGCGAACGGACAAUUUCAUGGUGGAGGACGAUGGUGGCGUUGGCGCCUCAGCCAACCCACUGUAUGCAAAUUCAAAUUGUGAGGCUGCCACAGCCAGCGCCAGUGCAAAUUACAAAAACGCCAUCGGCAAUAGCAAAUCGAAACGAAUCGAACGAGAUUUUGUUAUCAAAUUCCGCCUGCAACGCACGGAGAUCGCUUGCCAAACGGAUGCAGAGCCCCCAACCGCACGUGCUGUGAUAACCGCAAGCAAACGUUUCAGUACAAUGAGUUUAACGGCAACAUCGCAGCCGCAUCCACUUAGCUUAAUUUUCUCGAAUGCGGCAAAAAAUUUGAAAGCGAACGCAGCUAAUGAACUUGUGUACAGCGAUACUGUCGAGGCAUUUACUCGCGCUAUUGCACAUUGCCCGCCACCACCUCCACAAACGGCGAAUAACUCUACUUGGCUACCAUUGGGGGCUGCUGAUUUUGGCGGACAACAAUCGGGUAAUCGCAAUUGGAAAUUCUAUCAGCAGCAGUCCAAGGUGUGCAAAAAUACCAAAAAGAAUACGAGCAACCUGAAAAGCCACUCUAAUGAUUACGAUGAUGAUGACGAUGAAGCUGGCUGCGAUGAGGUAGAUUUCUAUGGCAGUGCCGCUGACGUUGCCGAUAUGAACCACCGUAGCGCCAUGGAAUUCAUUGAUACUGAUGUAGACAUGAUUAGUUUAGAACAACAAUGGUCCAUGAAUGAAAUACGCAAAAAGUGCAAAGAAGCUGGCCAUAUGGCUACCUAUGCAAGUGCGAAUAAUAAUAAUAAUAAUGCCAGUGGUGCUGGUGAUGCCGCCGCCGACGGUGUCAUCGAAUCUGUUUGGGGAAUGUGUGCCGCCUGUAACAGUGAACUGAAAUCCAUACCGGCCAACAGGUUGCUGCGUGAUGAACUUCAAGUGGAGGCCGAUGAGAUAAUGAGCGAUCUGAAAUAUAUGCAAGAUUUAUACAUAGGACGUGCUGGUGAUGCAAAUGAUGCUGACGAUGAAGAUGAAGGCUGUGCGGAUGAUGACAGUGGCGCCGACACGGUGACAAGUGACAGCGAUUGGUGUAACGAAGACGUAACAGCCGAACUUGCGGAAGAAGGUUCAGUGAAGCCAAUGCCAAGUGUAGAACUUGCAAUACGUCAGGCAGACUCUACGAGCGCUGAUAAAGUUGCUAGCGAUACUGCUGCAACUAAUGAUUCGGAUACUUUUUCCGUUAUACAAAAGGUAAAUCGGCUCAUAGCUGAAUUGCUGCGUCCUGAUAACAAUAAUGAUACCACCAGCCAUAUAGAGAAACUAAACGCGCAUGCAUGUGCGAGUGUUGAGGAGUCACGUCCCGCAGAAAGAGAAUCAGCAACCAUGCAAUUUAGUGGAAAUUUAUGGCACAACAGUCGUAAUGAACGGAACAUUUGGCAACUGAACGCAGCAGAUAGCACUACCGGGAUAAUGGUUGGCGGUGGUGGGGGCUUGGGCAAGGGCAGUAGUGGUAUUCACCCAAUGCAACUCUUGCGUCAGUUUAACGUAAAGCCAAUGGAGAGUGCGACCAAUGUCGGAAACGUUUUCCCAUUGCCAACUGCUGACGAUGCGGAUAAAUACCACACACAAAUAAGUUGGGAGCAUGAGAAUUUAGCUAAAAUUUGGCAAACAUCACCACCACCACCACUGCUACCGCCGCCACCGCAACAACAAACACAUCAGCCUCCGCAGAAUCAACCACAAGAUGCCAAUAUGGAAGUAAAAUAUGACAGAACGGCAGCCGCUGCAGUUAAUCAAUCUGAAUGCGAUGAGAAAACUGAUAUUGAUGAGAAAAAUAUGCGUAAUUUGCGUGCCAAUGCAGAUGCGAGUGUGGAAGCUGCGGCAGCGAAUUUGCAAGAGGCACAAGAGUUUUUAACCCGCGGCCAAAGCAAGGUGGUAGCGCUCACAGACGCGCAGCUAGUAGACUCAGCUUUAAAGUUAAAGGCAGUUACUCGCAAGCGACGACACUCGGCAUCACAAAAUUAUUUCCAUGCGCAACUGAAUAAUAGCAUAGGCCCAGCUGCUGGCAAUAGCAGCGGUGGCAACGCGUCACUUAUGCAGAACAAUAACAACAAUGAAAUCGCCGAUUUAAAUAACUAUGUGUUGAAGUCGUCGUCGUCGAAUGCCAAUGAGUUGAGUUUUCAAAAUUUGCUUAACGUUUCGCUGCGUUUUGGUGCCGCUGCGGCCGCUGCCGUUGCCGCUUCUCAUGCCAAGAAAGGCUCCGAUUAUGGCAGCAGAAAUAUUUGUGGCGCAGAUAUUGCAUAUGGUUGCGAUGCAACUGCAGCGGCUGCAAGAAAUCAUACGAUCAUUACCUGCAAAUACCACUUGACUGCAAUCGAACCGCUGUCAAUGCACAAUGAUGACGAUGGUAUCGAUGAUGUUGGCUUAUUUGGUACAGGUAACAAUGGCAGUGGCAUCACAGCGGCACCGCUUUCGUGCCUCAUCGACAAGAACCAAUCCAUAUUGAAGCAUGUAACCAUGGUGUCCCGACCGUUGACGCGUUAAAAUCAUCUUCAUAGGCUGUCUCAGUAACUAAACAAAAAAAAAGUUUUUCGUAAUUUUCUUGCAGGUGCUUGGAAUUUGGGUCUUGUUGAAUGGAUCGGCAGUUAGCGUGGAAGAAUAAAAGCUCAAUCACAUUCUGAAAUAAAAUACUUCGGUAGCAGCAGCAACUACAGCAAUUCACAUGGAAUAAGCAAAUAAAAUCAGUCGAUCAGACGGCGGCGCACAUUAAAUGGUGUGCGCCGACGGUGUACUAAAAAAAAA